AAUAAUAAUAAUAAUAAUAAUAAUAAUAGUGGUGGUGAGUUUUAUUUGCCACAAGGACAUCAAGAGAAUAAUUACCGUAAUACUACUACUACUACUACUACUACUACUACUACUACUACUAAUUUCAAUACAACUGCCAGACUUACAACCGGUGAUAGUACAUCUAUUAUUUUGCUAAUACUACUACUUCUACUACUACUGCCAUUGCUACUAAGGCUAUAAAUACAACAACAAAAACUCCACAUACUACUGCCACUGCCACCACAACCACCACCACUACUACUAUAAUUAAUACUACAAAUACCAACUGUAUUGAUACUGCAGAACGAAAGCUGAUGCUGAAGUAAAUACGGCAGAAGGACCGAAAAUAUUUGUAUUGUAGCAAAGUUUAAACGUUCACACAAACACCACCACCACCACCACCACCACCACCACCACUGCUACUACUACUACUAUUACUAUUACUACUACUACUACUACUACUACUACUACUGCUACUGGAGAAGUGCGUCUGCGGCGACAACUUCAAGGAAAGCAUUACGAGAAAAGAGGGGAAACCUACACAUACAUACAUACAUACAUACACACAGACACAUACACACAUGCGGAGUUAAGAGAAACGUGCGACGAUUUACGGAGAGAGAAAGCGGGAAAGGAAGAAGGGAAGAAAGGAAGGAAGGAAUGGACACGGUGUAAGAGGAAAAGAAAGUGAGAGAGAGAGGGAGAGAUAACAGGUGGAGAUAAAGAGGGUGAUGGAGUCCUAGCAAGUUAGUAAGAUUGGUAGAUGUAGAAAGAAAGAGAAAGAAAGAAAGAACGUGAAUGAAGGUAGAAACUGAGAGAAAGUAAUAUAUAUAUAUAUAUGAAUAUAUAUGUAUAUAGAGAGAGGGGGCGAGAGAGAGAGACACACACAUAGAGAGAGGAAGUGAGUGAAACGUGAAAGAAGGUGUGGACGGGUGACGAAGGGGUAGAUAGGAAGUAAGAAAUAAGAAACAAGGAAAGAAAGAAAGUGAGCAAGUGUGAAGGACAGUUAGACAGACAUAAAAUGAGACAGACUUGGGAAAGAGAUUGAGACGGAACGAGAGUGAGGAAGGAAUUUAGAGUGGGACAGAGCAAUCCGGAAAGCGAGAGAGAUAAAGGAAGAUAUAUAUAUGUAUAUAUAUGUAUAUAUAUACAUACAGAGAGAUAAGAAGAAAAAAAAGCAGAGUGAGAGAGUGUGAGUGAGAAGAAAAGUCGGAGAGGGGCUGAGUAAAAGCUAGAGUGGGACAGAGCGAAAGAGAGGGAGAGAGACAGACAGAGACUGAGCGAAAGAGAACGAGAGAGAGAGAGAGAGAGAAAGAGAGAGAGAUACCCUUGGGAGUGCUUGGGUAAGCUAGAGUGAGACGGACAGACUGUGAGCGCAGAUUGCGAGAGAGACGAAGAGAGACAGAGAGCUAGAGAGGGCCAUUAGGAGCUAUAGCGAAGUAGAGAGGUUCGGAGAUAACCAAAGUGAGUGAGAAAGAGAGGGUGAGAGAGAGAGAGAGAGGAGAGGGAGCCGUAUUACGACAGAGAGAACCAGGUAGAGGAGACAAGGAGAGUUAGUGUGCGAGAGAAUGAGAUUCGGUUCAUUGAAUAUGGCGCAGAACAGUAGCGAGUCCCACCUACGUGUACAUAUCCGAGUAUUGUACGCUCUGAUAUGUACAUUGAUUGUCGUUAUCUUUGCCGGCCUAUGGAUUACACACAACCAGGUAAAACACCUGAGAGAGGAGAGAAGAACCAGGGAAAUUCUAGCAAAAAGAGAAGUGAUCGAAUUCCGUAUAGUCGAAGAUGAAGGGAGCGAUAGCGUCAAAAUUGAACCGAUAUCAACCACGAAAAGAUAUACUUUGAUAAACCCUGAUAAAGACAGGGAUCACACUUACAACAGCAAUGAUAAAAAAAACAACAGGAAUGUUAACAAUGAGAGCAAUAAGUACGACGAUGAUGAUGAUAAUAAUGGUGAUGAUAAUAAUAGUAAUAAUAACAACAAAAAUAAUAAUAAUAAUGACAACAUGUAUCAGCAUAGGAAAAGAAAACACAACAAUACUUCACAGGUAGUUGGAUUCUUUGAAUCUGAAUUGGAUAGCGUGUCGGAUGGAGGUGAUAAAAGUGACACGGUGACGAACCGCCGUAAACGUCAAGUUGAUAUGGGCACCGACAGAGGAGACACAGAUUUACCUGACUAUGUCUGGCUUACGUCUUACUCAAGAAUUCCACCUGAGCGAAAGGAACAAAUGGUUAACACACUCAAUAAAUUCUGUCGAACUACCAAAGAUUACUGUGAACCUCUGAAAGUUGGUGCUCCUGGUACACCAGGUCAGCCUGGUCGACCUGGAAGGCAAGGUCCGAAAGGAGACAAGGGUGAUUUGGGACAACGUGGCCAACCAGGUCUUACAGGAGUAAAGGGCGAAAAAGGUGACAAAGGUAACAUCGGAACAAAAGGUGAGCCAGGUGAAUCAGGACUUCAUGGCUUAACAGGUCCUCAAGGCCCCUCAGGUCCUCGAGGACCUAAAGAGCUGCUUGAAACGGUUGUACUGUAUCUCCUCCGGAUAUCCCAAGAUAUGGAGGACACUAUCAGAUGGCUAGUUACAUCACAGACAAUCAGGUGA